UCCCUAAAAUUGCCUCUGUCAUACAACCAGGAAGAAGGUGGGAUAGCCCUACAAAGCUAACAUCCCAAAUCUUUCUGCACACUUUCUAUGAAAAUAAUGGGAUCUUCCAGGUGGAAGGUAGCAGCGGCGGCCUUUCUCGCUAUAGUGGGCUCUUUAUUACCUGUGGACGCAGAUGAACAUGAACACACGUACAAAGAUAAGGAGGAGGUAGUUUUAUGGAUGAACACAGUGGGGCCUUACCACAACCGACAGGAGACGUACAAAUACUUCUCUUUGCCCUUCUGCGCGGGCUCCAAGAAGACCAUCAGUCAUUACCAUGAAACACUUGGAGAGGCUCUGCAGGGAGUGGAGCUGGAAUUCAGUGGCCUCGACAUCAAGUUCAAAGAUGAAGUCAUGCAGACAACUUACUGUGAAAUUGACCUGGACAAAGCCAAACGGGAUGCCUUUGUCUACGCCAUAAAGAAUCAUUACUGGUACCAAAUGUACAUAGAUGACCUACCCAUCUGGGGUAUUGUCGGUGAGGCAGAUGAGAACGGAGAAGAUCAUUACCUGUGGACGUACAAGAAGCUGGAGAUCGGCUUCAAUGGCAACAGAAUUGUUGACGUGAAUCUGACCAGUGAGGGCAAAGUCAGACUCGUGCCAAACACAAGAAUCGCAAUGUCUUAUUCUGUGAAGUGGAAGAAGUCGGAUGUGAAGUUCGAAGACAGAUUCGACAAGUACCUCGAUCCAUCCUUCUUCCAGCACAGGAUUCACUGGUUCUCCAUCUUCAACUCCUUCAUGAUGGUCAUUUUCUUGGUGGGUUUGGUGUCCAUGAUUCUGAUGAGGACACUAAGAAAGGAUUAUGCCAGAUAUAGCAAAGAGGAGGAAAUGGAUGACAUGGACAGAGACCUGGGAGAUGAGUACGGGUGGAAGCAAGUACAUGGUGAUGUGUUUCGGCCGUCGAGCCAUCCACUGAUCUUCUCUUCGCUCAUCGGCUCUGGCUGCCAGAUCUUUUCCGUCUCCCUCAUCGUCAUCAUCGUCGCUAUGGUGGAGGAUCUGUACACAGAGAGAGGAUCCAUGCUGAGCACAGCCAUUUUCGUGUACGCUGCCACCUCCCCUGUCAAUGGCUACUUUGGGGGAAGCUUGUAUGCAAAACAAGGAGGCAGAAGAUGGAUUAAGCAAAUGUUCAUCGGGGCAUUCUUGAUCCCAGCUAUGGUGUGCGGCACCGCCUUCUUCAUCAACUUCAUUGCUAUCUACUACCACGCCUCCAGAGCCAUACCGUUUGGCACCAUGGUUGCUGUCUGCUGUAUCUGCUUCUUUGUCAUUCUGCCGUUAAACCUCGUGGGAACAAUCCUGGGGAGAAAUCUGUCCGGCCAGCCCAACUUCCCCUGCCGAGUGAACGCUGUUCCGCGACCCAUCCCAGAGAAGAAAUGGUUCAUGGAGCCAGCUGUCAUCGUCUGCCUCGGAGGAAUCCUGCCAUUCGGGUCCAUUUUCAUCGAAAUGUACUUCAUCUUCACAUCCUUUUGGGCGUACAAAAUCUACUACGUGUACGGCUUCAUGAUGCUGGUCCUGGUUAUCCUGUGUAUCGUGACCGUGUGUGUCACCAUCGUGUGUACGUACUUCCUGCUCAACGCUGAGGACUACAGAUGGUGAGUGACUCACUUUUCCC